AUGUUAAAUUAUUAUGUAAGCGGCUCAAGUUCUCAGUUUAUAAAUGGAUCUGUAAGAAAAACAAAUCCAGAGUAUGCAUUUGAUCAAAUAGAUAAAAAUUACGAUUGGUGCUCAAACUGUGGACGCUCACCAGAUGAUCAUCCAUUCAUUACUUUUAAUAUUAAAAAUCAUAUUAUGAAUCUUGAAGGUUACUAUGUUAAAAGUGGAUGUUGUGGAGAUUCUGAUUGUUGCUGUUUUGAAGAUAAUGCAUACUGCUGUGCUUGCGGCAUGUAUAGUUGGGCAUUUCAAAUUUCCAACGAUAAUAUAACAUGGAAAACCAUUCAUCAAGGAGAAAAAGAUGCAGAAAUGAAAAGAUGCAAAGAGAAAACCUUUAAAUUCAGCGAAAUUUACUCAGCAAAGUAUGCAAAAUUAAUUCACAUUGAAUCCUGCUUUGAUGACCCUCCAUGCAUUGCUCUUAACAAGAUUGAACUCAUUGGAACUUACGAUAACAAUAUAAUACAACCUGAAUCCUAUGAAAAUGAAGAUGAUGAUGUAAGUAUCAUUGGCCAUAUUUCAAAGAACCGUAACUAA